UCACAGUCUGACAGAAAAGCUCCUCAGCAUGGCGCUUGUGCAGCAGGCACCGUUUGUCAAGCCCAAAAUUCCUUUUAGUGGGUCCAUCCAUGGUGGGCUGCAGGAGGGGAAAUCAAUCACCAUCAGUGGCCGAGUCCUUCCAGGAGCAGACAGGUUCCAUGUGAAUUUACAGUAUGGAAUAAGGCCUGGUGCUGACGUUGCUCUUCAUUUUAACCCACGUUAUGGAUGGUAUCCUUACGUGGUCACCAACACCUUCCAGUUUGGCAAAUGGGGCCCUGAGGAAAGGAAGCAGAACUUCGUUCUUCCUGCUGGUAGUCCCUUCGACUUGACCAUCACUGUCACCCCUGAUUUCUACCAGUUCCGCAUCAAUGACUACCACUUUGUGGACUACCGGCACCGUAUCCCAUUUCAGAAGGUCGACAGCAUCUGCAUUGUAGGCAAAGUGGAAAUUUCCUCCGUUUCCUUCCAGACCCCUGCGGAGUCCGAGCAGAGGAGCACAGAGAGCGAGAGGGGAGAGAUCUCUACUGGUAAGGAGUCCGAGCAGAGGAGCACAGAGAGCGAGAGGGGAGAGAUCUCUACUGGUAAGGAAUUAAUAUCUGACAGUAAACCAGGGUGGGAUCAGUCAAUGGUAACUUCAGCCAUUCAUGGAGCAGAGGUGACCAUCUCCUGGUCUGACUGCAGCUUGAAGCUGGAGGACCAAGCUUCUUGGGGGGGCUUACACAGCAGCUGCUGCAAACGAAGAAGAUUAAACUGCAUGUUCUUUUAAUGUUACUCUCCAAGAGUCUCUGAUAGCACCAGAAAAAGUUGCUAGACUUGUUGAUGGUUGCUUUUUCUUUAAAUCACUGAAGGGGUCUGAAAAAUUGCUAAAUAUUGCGCCAAUACUGCUAAGUUAGUUGCGGAGGCACCAUGUGCAUCAGUGUAAUCUGUGAAAUUGUCCGUGAUUAAAUGCGUUAAUUUUUUUUUAUGCAUUUCUGUAAUUAAUUAAUUAAACGUAAUCAACACAUUGAUUUCUCAGUCUUUGUUCGUUAUUUGUGAAGUUUUGUACUUGUGCUUUGUGUUCAUUCAUCCUGUGCAUUUCCUGGGGCUAGUUCAAUGCUAAAGACGUGGACAGGGGGCGGGGCCACAGGGCUGGUUACCAUGGUUUCCACAAUCGCACCCCACCAAUCAAAUAAUUCUGUUAGGGUUCAAAAUUGUAUCGACAUGCUUCUUAUUGGUUAUUGGCUCCCAUAUCUAAAACUUAAGGCCUUUUUUUUUAACUGCUCAUGUGGGCUCCAAGUGGGCGUGGGCCCCUGGGCCUGUGCCCAUUGUGCCCAUUUGGAUAAGUCUGGCCCCACCCAUGCUGGAUUCCCGGCCUGUCCAACAUUUCUCCUGCAGCCCAGCUUCCCCUCGCAACCCUUUCCUCCUCAGAUGCCUAUCAAACCCACCCAUUGGCUCGCAAAGUUUUGCUGCUUCCGUCAGGGCACGGGUACAUCCGGGGCGGCUGCAGCUCAGGUGGAAAAG